AUGUCGAACAAACAAACGGAUAUUAAGACAAAAGAUGAAGUAGUCCAAAUUGAGAGGUGCACAACAGAGACUUAUCAAUUAAUGAAAAAGAUUAUACCAAAUUAUAAAAAAUUAGCUGAUGCAUGUGAAGGAUAUUUUAAAGCACAACUUGUAAUGAUUAAAGCUACUGACACUCUUUAUAAUUGUCUCGAAGCAAUGGCUGAUACUUCCUUAGAAGAAGGAGGCCAACAAACUCAUCCAGACCUUCAAGUUGGAGUAAAAAAUAUGUCUAAUGUAUUAAAGAUGUGGAAAGAAAAUUUAAUGUCUGUAUGUGAUGAAUUUAGAAGUACUUGUUCUUGCAUUAGAGGAGAUGUUACUACUUUCCCAAAAGAAAUUGAUGCUAAAGAAAAAGAAUAUAAAAGUCAAAGAAAAAGAAGCAGAUGA